AUGUUACUAAAUUCAUUAAUAUUAUUACUUUUAUCUAAUGCUAUUACAUCAAGACGAGACAAAUCUAUCUUGUACUCUAGAGCAACGAUUACAAUCUUACUAAUAUCAGCUUUUAUAGCUUAUGAUAAUUUAUCUCUUUUAUUUUUAGCAAAAGGUAUAGGAAUAUUCGGUGGGUUAUUCCAUACUACAGCUACUACAAAUUUUUUCCACCUAUUUAUCUUUUUAAUAACUAGCGUUAUCUUAUUGUUAACUUCAUUUUACCCUAGAAAAGUUUGAUUGAAAGAAUAUAGCAGCCCGACUAGACUUUUAUUUACAAAAUUAGUUUAUUACGGAACCUUACUUUUAAAUAAAAUGGGAGAGCAGUUUAAAAUAAUAGAAUACUCCUUAAUUAUCUUAUUUAUUGUUACAGGAAGUGUUUUUCUAAUUUCUACUAGUGAUUUAGUAUCUAUAUUCCUGUCUAUAGAAUUACAAAGUUAUGGACUGUAUUUAUUAUCAACUAUCUAUAGAGAUUCAGAACCCGCUACUUCAGGUGGUCUUAUGUAUUUUUUACUAGGGGGAUUGUCAUCUUGUUUUAUACUAUUAGGUACAGCGUUACUUUAUGCAAAUUCUGGUACCACAAACUUAGACAGCUUAUAUAUUAUAACUAGCAUAUCUAAUGUAAGUAAAGACAACCUUACAGGGCUACUAUAUUGAUAUAAAUCUUACUAUAUACACAUAAGUUUACUAUUUAUAGCUGUAGGAUUCUUAUUUAAAGUUUCCGCUGCACCAUUCCAUUUUUGAAGUCCUGACGUUUAUGACGCAAUUCCUACUGUUGUUACAACUUUUGUAGCUAUAAUAGCCAAAAUUUCUAUUUUUAUUUUCUUAUUAGAAUUAGUUCACUAUACAAGUAAACCAAUACUAGAUCUAGAUUUUUCUUGAACAAAUAGCUUAUUACUUAGCUCUCUUCUAUCUUUAGUUAUUGGAACAGUGGUAGGGCUAACACAGUCUAGAAUAAAAAGACUUUUUGCGUUUAGUACAAUAUCACACGUAGGGUUUAUAUUAUUAGGUUUAAGUAUACACACUGUAGAAUCAACACAAGCGUUUAUGUUCUACUUAAUUCAAUAUUCUAUCUCAAAUUUAAAUGCUUUUAUAUUAAUAUUAACUAUUGGUUACUCUCUUUAUUGUUAUGUAGAUAAUACAAAUUCUACCAAAAUUAUUGGAAAAGAACAGGAUAGUAAUGAAAAACAAAAGGAUAGUAAUGAAAACAAUGGUAAUUUAACGGAUGUUAAUAAUUCUCCUAUUCAACUUAUUGAUCAGUUGAAAGGAUAUUACUACAUAAAUCCUGUUAUAGCCUUAAGUUUAGGGAUAACUUUAUUCUCUUUUGCGGGAAUACCACCUUUAAUAGGGUUCUUUGGUAAACAGAUGAUUUUAAGUGCAGCAAUUGAUAACGGGUAUAUUUUUAUGAGCUUAGUUGCUAUAUUAACAAGCGUUAUAAGUGCUGUAUAUUAUUUAGCUAUAAUAAAACAAAUCUUUUUUGAUAAACCAGAUUACCUAGUAAACGAUGAACUAAAAGAUUUUAAUGCAGAUGGUUUAAUAACUGAAAAAAAUACUAUCGUUAAAAAAGUGAAUGUAAAUAUAAACAAUAUUGUUAUAUCAACCUCAUUAAGUUUAUCUAUUUCAGUUAUUACAUUAGUAAUAACAUUAUUUAUUUUUAUACCUGAAGAAUUAUUAAGUUUAGCUAAUAUAUUAGCAUUGAUCAUUUUUAAUUUAUAA